CAAAAGAAAAAGACAGAAAUCUAGAAAUUGUGCCAUUAUUAACAGAAGCAAUGUGUGAUAAAGAUUCCAUUUGUUGUCGUGGAAAAUAUAGACAGGGGGCGGCUUGUGUCUCAUAUAUUCAAGAUUAAAACAUGUGAUAACCCAUACGAGAAGAUAAUCUUAACGCAACGAGUUGGGACAACCUCGCCUCUGAUCUUGAUAGACACUGUCGACAAUCGUGACAACAAAAACAACAAGCCAGACAAGAGUGUUCAUCUCUGGAUAAACAAAGGCGCGAACGGUACAGGAAGAUACUGCAAGUUGAGAUUUCUAUACAGUUAAGAUCGCAAGUAAUUUGGGCACAACAUGCCACUCGAUCCGCAAAUGGUGACGCGUGCGGUUGCUCUACAAUAUCAGAAGCAUCUACAACAGCAUUUCGAUCGCAGCCACUAAGUGGCUACAACACUUCUUCAAUCCACACAAAACACACAAGCAAGCCAGCUAAUUGUUCGUGAAAAAUCGUGAAAAUUAAAAUAAUUACUGUGCACGUUCCAGUGUGUCUUGUGUUCUUGUCUGUCCGUUCCCAGCCGGAAGAAUCCAAUGUGCAGCCCGUAAAAAAUUUACUGCCCCAAUCCCGCAAAAAACACACACAAAAAAAAAACACAUACACACACACAGACACAACAAGCAACAUCAUUGAAAAAUGGUGCAGAGCGAGGAGCAUGCAAAUGCGCGAAAUGCGGAUUUGGAGGCGCAAUCGGCGCAGGACGUCGAGACGGCCACGCACAGAGUGUCCACGGUGGACCAGCUGGAUGAGGAAGAGGAGGAACGCCACGUGGCAGCCGAUGCCAAAUUGCUGGACAAUGGCAACGCACAUAGCAGCGAAGCAGGCGAUAGAAGUGCACAGGCCCGCAUCAAGGCCAAGUUAAAGAAGCAGAAAUCUGAACAGGAUCGUCAAACGACCGAGGAAAUCAACAAGCUGCUGAACGAUAUGCCACUGGAGCAGAAUGUAACCUGCGGUUUUUGGCUAUUCAGGGGCGCUUUCUUUCAGCGCUUUGCCAAUCAAACUGCUUAUGUGAUACUUUAUGGCAUUGUGGGCUGCAUUUUUUCCAUGACGUAUGCGUAUUUUAAUGGCACCAUAACCACCAUCGAGAAACGAUUUAAGAUUCCCUCGAAGAAUACGGGCAUCAUUUCGGUAGGCAAUGAUAUUAGCCAAACUCUGGUCUCUGCCGUUUUGGCCUAUUAUGCUGGCAAGGGUCAUCGACCACGGUGGAUUGGCUUUGGUUUAUUAACCAUUGUCGUCUUCUGUUUGAUGACAACUUCGCCGCAUUUUCUAUAUGGACCCGGCGAUGAUGCUUUGGCGUUGACCAAGGAGUUUGGCGCCAUACCCGAUGAGAAUGCCACACUGGAGGCCAUUGAGGAGCAGCGCUCGAAGACUCUGUGCCGUUUAACCGGUGGCGGGGCCGAGUGCGAAAUGGGUGAGGGUAACUUUGCACCCCAGGUGCUGCUUUUUGUGGCCCAGUUUAUCUCUGGCAUCGGUGGCUCACUUUAUUACACACUCGGCGUCUCGUAUAUGGAUGACAAUACAAAAAAAUCCAAGACACCAGCCCUUCUGAGUCUCUCGUACUUUUUGCGAAUGCUGGGACCGGCUAUUGGCUAUGCCCUGGCUUCGUUCUGUCUGCGUUUGUAUAUUGCACCGCAGCUGCAUCCGGUUAUCAAUAACAAGGAUCCACGCUGGCUGGGCGCCUGGUGGCUGGGCUGGUUAGUCAUGGGCGGCUUGCUAACCUGCUCGGGUAUCUUUCUAUCUAUGUUUCCCAAAGAGUUGCCCCGCGCCGCUGCCAGACGCAUGGUGGAGGAAAAACGGCGUCGGGAACAACUCUCGCUGAAGCACAAGCAGAGGACAGAUAAGGAAAAACUGACCGCCGAACUGGAACCACAGCCCACCGCCGAGCCGAAGGCCUCGUUCAAGGAUAUGCUAUUCACAUUCAAGCGGCUGAGCACAAACCGGACAUACAUGUGCAACACGCUGUCGAACAUCUUCUAUCUGAUUGGCUACACGCCCUUCUGGAUAUUCACACCCAAGUACAUUGAGGUACAGUACAAGCAGUCGGCAGCCACCUCCAGCAUGGUUACGGGCACAGUGGCACUGGCUUUCUCCGCCAUUGGAGUGCUGCUCUCCGGCUUUAUUAUCUCACGGUAUAAACCACGUGCACGCUAUAUGGCCGCCUGGAAUGUGAUUUGUGCCGUUAUGGUGGUGGCCGGUGUUGUCACUUAUGCCUUCAUUGGUUGUCCGGACAACGAGCGUUCGGUCAUUGUGAACAUUCACAACAGCGAUCUCAAUGAUACUGCAACCUGUAAUUCUGCCUGCACCUGCGACUACGUGCGAUAUUCACCCGUUUGCGGCGAGAACAGCAUGACAUACAUAUCCGCCUGCCAUGCGGGUUGCAAGAUGGAGCACGUUCUCUCCGAUGGCAAAAAGAUCUUCUACGACUGCUCCUGUAUACCAGGACCAACAGUAGCCGACAACAGCUCCUUUAGACGUCUCACCGCAUUUGAUUUGACCAACGAGAACAGCACCUGGGAUCUUGGUGGCAAAGCGCUUGGAGGCACAGCUUCUUCUACAGCAUAUUUGGAGUUACUGGCAGCUGGUCAGGCUACGCCGGGUGCAUGUCCUGUCAACUGCUGGACGCAGUUUGUUGCCUUUUUGUCGGUAAUGUGCUUCCUGAAAUUCAUUGGCGCCGCUGGUAGAGCAUCCAAUUUUCUGGUUUCUGUGCGCUGUGUUCCGGAGAAGGAUAAGACCGCAGCCAUGGGAUUUGGCAUGAUGUUGUGCUCGAUGUUUGCCUUUAUACCCGGUCCCAUAUUCUUUGGCUGGAUCUUCGAUCGCAUGUGCUUGGUGUGGGGCAAGACGUGCACCAACAAGGGCAACUGUUGGCUCUACGAUCCGGAAUCCAUGAGGUAUACACUCAAUUUUACGGCUGCUAUUUUUAUAUUCCUGGGCGCUGUAUUCGAUUUUGGUGUGUGGUAUUAUGUGAAAGACCUAAAGAUAUUCGAUGAGGAAGUCAAGGAAGUCGAAAUGCAAAUCGUGCAGCACGAGGAGGAACAGAAUGCUGAAAAGAAUACCGAAAUAUAAGUUACUAUAAUUAUUAUGAUAAUAUUAAACAAAAAAUACAAAUAAUAUCCAUAAGCUAAGCUUAGUUAAGAUUGUGAGUGAUUUUGGUGCCCAUCGCUUAUAUCGUAUUUUGUAGUCUAUUUCUGUCUGCGUAUGUGCAAGAUUGUAAGUGUGAUUUUAAUGAUACGAGUCUGUCGGUACAAUAAACUGUAAGAUGGCAGCAAAGAUCGUGUGAUAAAUCCAACCGUCAAGGCUCUCACUUCAUUGUUAUUCAACGUAAUGCAACAUCAGCAAAACAACAAAACCAACAACAACAAUCAACAUAUGUAAAUGCAUCCCUAGGUAUGUAAAGUAUCAAAAGUAUGUCUGUAUUUGAACAAUCUAAAAUAAAGUACAUAGGACCUAAUCUUAA